UUAGAAAUAGCACAAUCCGUCUCACGUGCGCCUGUGGCGCUUCGUCUGACCUCCACUCCUGCAUCAUGUGCUGAUGACCCAAUGGAACCAAAUUCAUCAGAGAACAUAUCUUCAACGACACACGCAAACAUGGACCGUGACAGGGUCAGUCCAUCCCACGCAGGAAAACAGCUGGGCCAGUUCACUCCAGAGUCCUACAACUGCCACGUGGAAACAGCCACAGCUCUGCUUACAUCUAUUCAAAGUCCCACUGCAGGGCUCACAGCAGGAGUCUCCAUCACAGAUUGUGGAGCUCAAACGGAGAAAGACAGACGUGGAGGGACUCCUGGGCAGACACGGAGCUCAGAUUGUAAGCCACAAGAGAGCCAAGAAGCCAGAGAGACAAACCGCCAGUGCUCAGGGCCACGGGACGGGUCAGGGACGGUGGGAGGGGACAGAGGAACGAGGACCGUGGGGGUGGACAAGGGACCAGGGCAGUGCAGGAAGUGUGCUUGCAGACACAGCGUUUCCACAGACUGGACAAAUCCAGGGGGAGAAGAAAGGAAGGGUCCGGUGGAUUCCAUUAAAAACUCCUGGUAUCAUCUUUCCCAGACACACCCAGUGCUGUCUGAAUACCUUCCACAGACCCCUCAGCACGAUCCACACACUUCACGUAACCUCAGUUCAUCUCCAGGCACUCAGACAAGUGUUUUCAAUCCUCCACAGCCCCAACUACAAAUCAACACUUUGUAUGUCCCACGUCAGCACUGGGAAAGCAGCGCUGUCAAUCACCAACAUCUGUGCCAAACAAACUCAGCUCCACCUCCCCCCCAGCAGGUGCAAUCAGCACAACUCCAAAAUCUGUUUUCCCAAACUCCACUCAGGCAAACAGAUUCACAGCCAGACCACAGCAGACAGACCAGUGUGAGCACAACCAUUCAGCAAGUCACGUGCGACGCAGGCGGCAGCACGGUGACGAGCUGUUGUAGUAAGUCCACAGCAGGAAUUCACAGAAGCAAACACGCAAGUUUGUCAUCUGACAUCACAACAUCGCUCUCCAAUGCAGGUUCCCCUUCAGUUCACACCAGCGUCAGUAAGAGUGCAAUGACACAAGACAUCUGGGUGACAAACAGGGCGUCGGAUAUCGCUGCUGGGCAGCCACCGAAGCCACCGGCGUCCAUUAACCAGGAACCCAAAGACUAUACAACAUAUGACUACACAGCUCAGAGUGGUAAUGCUGCAGGAGAUGACAUUAUCAGCAAAUACCAGUCUUACUUCUUGGUGGGUCAGCUGCACAGCUAUCAGCCAGAGUGCAUGGCCACGGCGGUGAGACCUGUGCCGAACUGCCAAGAUUACGCCGACGGCACCAGCAGCAGUGACGAUGAAGGAAAGCUGAUCAUUGAGCUUUAGAACUUUGAAGGUUUUACCUGCUAAGGACCACUCAACCAAUGAGUCAUAGCCGCUGACAUGCUGCCGACGCCUCAUCAGAGUUGUAAAUACAAAGAAAGCAUCAUUUUUUUAAAUGGCCUAAAAUUUAGCAUUUGAAAUUUCCAAGCCAUAAUCCUGUAUUUUUGGACAAAAAGAUCACAUCUCUAUAAAUACAGAAGAAACCAAAAGGUGCACUCCGGUGAGCAUGUACAGU